AUGUGUUGGGAGUGGUUGUUUGUCAAUGCAAGGGUGGACAUCGCACUGAUGGCCCUUCCCCCUGGCCUCUCUUUACCCUCUGCUUGCAUACCAAGUACUCUAGGAGUGGUAGCGGACAAGGGCUAUAACAUGCCAGAUCUUGUGGACCUCCCCGCAAAUGAAGCUUUGAAGACAAUGCUACAAUUGUGUUGGGAGAUGGCCUCGCUGUGGUCAGGCAUUACAGCCAUACAAAUAUACCUGCCUGCCCACACUACAAAGGAAUACCUCCCAAAUGAGGUCCUGGUAUCUCCCACUUUCCCAAUGCUUGAGAAAGAAGACUCUCAGGAUGACGCUGGAGCUGGGAUGGAUGCAGACAGCAGAUUGCAGCAAAACUACAAGAAAUGCAACCGGGAUGAGGACAACAAAAUUUAA